UCGAAAAUGCGGAACGGAAGCAUUAAUCUGAAGAAAGUUAAGAUUUUUAUUAGUGCGCAUUUUAAAUUUAAGUAUUCAUUUUUCUAAACGUAUUAUUGUACAGAUGUUUGUUUAAAUGGCUGAGGGUUAUGUGUCUCACGGCUCAAAUUCCUUGGAAGAAAAAUGCUUGGAUUUAGCCAACCACUUACUCUAUGUUUGCAACAUUCCUUUACCUUUAGUAGAAUCCGUAAAAGACAUAAACAGUAGUUUAGUUGUUACGUUAUUUGAAAGCAUCACCAAUUAUAACAUUCCAGACUUCGUAUGUUCUGAAAAUACUGUUGAAGAGGCUCAUAAUGUGCAAGCGGUGAUUGAUACUCUUUCUCUGGAUCUUCUUGGAAUAUCAUUAUCUCACAUUACUGGAGAAGAUGUUGUUUCUGGAGACCUCGUGGCAAUUUUCAACCUGUUGGAAAUUUUUGAAGGAAUGUUGCUGCUUAUGCCAUCAGAAGAUAAGCCAGUUGUUUCAGAUUUAGCAGAAAGUACAACCAUUUCAAGUGAUAGAAAUAAAUCUAUUAAAAAAUCCAAGCCAAGUGCUUUUGAAAAAAGUGAAAAUGCCUUCUCAAAACCUAUAAAAUUGAAAAGAUAUACAAAGUGUAAGAACAAAACUAUCAUUAGUUCAGAAUCUCUUCGAUCCUCUGUUAAGUACCAAAGUUUCCCCAGCGCAAGCAAGAAUCUUGGCAACAAUCAGCUUCAAAUUGCUCACAAAAAGAGUUCUUCAGCUUAUCAGAAAGAAAAAAUCGAUGGUUUGGAACGGAAAAAAGUUCUUGAUUUUGAUAAAGAAUUGGAAGCAGCAAAAGAAAAUUCUGCCUUUGAUAAAUUGAAAUCAAGAAGGAAAUUUAAUAAAAUUAAAGAUUGUAAAAAAUCGAGUGUUCACCGUGCUGAGAGUGUAGAAGAUUUGUUUGAAAGUAAUUUGGAGAAAAAAGUGAAAGCUUUCCUUGCAAGCAAGAAUUCUCCUAAGAGUAGAGCUUUACAAAUGAAGAGAAACAGACUGAAAGACUUAAAAAAGCCUUUAAGGAAACCGUCUUUAACUCCUUGCCGAAAGUCCUUUCUCUUACCAUAUAAUUUGCGACAAAGAUCUGUUUCAGCAAGACGUAGAAGACCUGUACCUGAAUUGCCCACAGGGAUUUUAUAUAUGCAUCCAUUUUCAGAAAGCAAUAGCUCCCAAAAAAAUGAUGCAGAAAUUAAAGAACUUGGCUCUAAAGUUAGAUCGGAAUUAGACACCAUUCCCAAAAGAGUAUAUGUAUCAUCAGAUAAUCCCGAAACUGCAGCAAAUGUUAAAGAUGAAAACCCACAAAAAACUUCUGGUGCUACAUUUAUUAAGAAUUGGAUGGAAGAAUUUCCUGGUCUCAAAAUGCCAAAUGAUGUUUUAAAUCGUGUAAAUAAGCAGCAUGAGCAGCAGGUAAUGACUAUGCAUCGAAAGUUAAAGGACUCUUUGCAGAAGAAAACUAAAGCAUAUGUACAGGCGGAAGAGGCUGCUAAAAAGCAAUUGUUGUUGUCAAAUUUAUUAAAAAAGGAGAUUGACCAGUAUCGUCGUUUGAAUGAAGCUAAACAGUUGAAGGCGAAUGAAAAUAAAAUAAAGUAUUUCUUACGAGAUGCAAGAAUGCAGUCUGCCAACAUGAAACGUUACUGUGAUGAAUUUCACCAUGAAAUGCAGAGAAAAAUGCAGAAAAGAAAUUAUUCUGAAGAAUUGGUUGCAGAAAACGUUUUUAAAGAAGUUUUGAAGAUACAGAAAGAUCAAGUGCAGCAGUUAUGUGAUGCUGUAAAAGAAUCGGACGCUGUAGAUGCAAAACAUCAUAAAAACUAUCUUGAGGCUUUAGAGAAUUUAUAUCAAACUAAUUAUGCCAUGAUGACAGAAGCAGUAGCUAAUGAAAAAAAGGAAAUGGAAGUUGAAACAAAUGCUAUGAAACAGGUUGCAAGGAAAAGAAAAAUGGAAUUGCAUAAAAACUUGCAGAGGGAAGUUCGAGAAAUGCAAAAGAACAUAGUUGAAGCUAUGGCAGAUACACAUUUUCGAGAACUUGAUGCUGAGCAAUACAAAUGUAGAACAAGAGAGCAUUUUUCUCGAUGAUUGUUAUAUUCCAUGUAAAAAUCGUUUUAAAUUAAUGUAAGACUACGAACUAUUUAAUUCUGUGAUUGACUGAACUGAUUAAAAAUAUAUA